ACAAGUUAUCUGCCCCUUAUUAUGCAGCGUUGAUGAUUCCGGUGUUGUGUCGAUUCGGGGAAGAAACCACUAAACUCGUCAGUAUUUAAAGCCAUGUCACUGUGCUUUAUCAUGUUCAUUAGUGUGAUAGACCCGCAGAGUAAGUCAGGAGGGGGUCCCUAAACCAGAGCAAGGAACAAAUCGGAUCAGAAAAAGCACCAGAAAUUAUCUGCAGCAACUUCAGAUCAGUCCCGUUGUGAAGUUCAGGGGUCUUUUUUGAUACACGAAGACACUAAAAUAUGCUGCUUUACUUGAAUUAACAGAAGAAUUGAGUAAAUCAUGUACCAUACAACAAUGUUAAGUAAGUCUAGUCAGAGGCUGUGUCUAGGGUGGAGGUCAAGGUCAGUCAACAUCACAACCCUCUACCCAUCCAGUCACAUCUCAAACUUCUCCAGCGUGGCCAGAAGCAUUCCUCCAGCAUGGUCAGGUCCCACUGUGCUUCACAGUCGCUGGAGACAGCCCUGUGCCAGUUUUUCUACCUCCCCAGUGAGAGCUUCUCAACCGAUGUUCCGAUCUGACCUGAUGAAUUGUAAGCUGGUGGUCAUCAAACUUGGCAGUGCAGUCAUCACGCGGGAAGAUGAGUGCGGCUUGGCUCUCGGACGACUAGCAUCCAUUGUAGAACAGGCCUGUGAGCUGCAUGCUCUGAACAAGCAAGUCAUCAUGGUAACAAGCGGUGCCAUUGCAUUCGGAAAACAGAAGCUCCACCAGGAAAUGCUGAUGUCAAUGAGUAUGAGACAAACGCUGCACACGAGCAAGCGACAGGGAUCGUUGAUUGAACCACGCGCCUGUGCAGCGGUGGGACAGAGUGGCCUCAUGUCGCUGUACGAGGCCAUGUUUAACCAGUAUGGAGUAAAAACUGCCCAGGUUCUGAUCACCAAGCCGGACUUUUUCCACGAGGAAAGUCGUAGAAACCUGAUAGGGACGCUGAAGGAACUACUACAGCUGAGUAUUGUGCCAAUCCUCAACACAAAUGAUGCCGUCGCCCCGCCCCCUCAGAUCGACAAGGAUCUACAAGGGGUUAUCAGUCUGAAAGACAACGACAGUUUGGCUGCCCGUUUGGCGGUGGAAGUCUGCGCGGACCUGAUGAUUCUAAUGUCGGAUGUGGAUGGCCUCUACACAGGACCCCCAGAUGAGGAGGGGUCUCGUCUCCUCCACACGUACUGCCCAGAAGUGGACGAGACGGGGGUCAUCUUUGGAGAGAAGUCCAGGGUUGGUCUGGGUGGGAUGGAGUCUAAGGUGAGAGCGGCAUCCUGGGCUUUAGAUAACGGGACGUCAGUCGUCAUCUGCAAUGGACACGAGGAUCGAGCCAUCUACAACAUUGUGGCAGGCAAAAACGUGGGGACAUUUUUCACAAAGUCCAAGGUCCAGAGUGCACCGGUGGAAUUAAUGGCCAUGCAGGCGCGAGAAGGAGGCCGAGUUCUACAGACAACAACAGCCAAACAAAAACACCUCAUCAUUACCAAACUGGCAGAUCUUCUGUUGGAGAGGCAAAGAGACAUUCUUAAUGCUAACAGCAAGGACAUAGAAAUAGCCAACAGAUCAGGUCUGGAGCCUGCAUUGGUGUCCCGUUUAGUUCUCAGUGAGAGGAAGCUUCACACCCUGCAUGAAGGACUGAAACAGAUCGCCAAUCAGAGCUCGGAUAUCGUGGGUCGUGUAGUCAGGAGAACACUGCUGUCUGAUGGCCUUGAGCUCAAACAGGUCACAACCCCAAUAGGAGUUCUGCUAGUCAUUUUUGAGUCCCGUCCAGACUGUCUGCCUCAGGUUGCUGCACUUUCCAUCGCCAGUGGUAAUGGUCUGUUGUUGAAAGGAGGGAAGGAAGCAUACCAUAGUAACCAGAUUCUCCACUCAUUGGUCCAGGAAGCCCUGGAGCCUUUUGUUCCCAAAGAUACUGUUUCUUUGGUUAGUACGAGGGAGGAGAUCGAGUCCCUGCUGGUUUUAAAUGAAUACAUUGACCUGAUCAUUCCACGAGGAUCUAACGAGCUUGUCAGCAUGAUUCAGAAACAGAGCCAAGGGAUUCCUGUCCUAGGACACAGUGAGGGCAUAUGUCAUGUCUACAUCGACCAGAAUGUGGACAAGGAAAUGGCACUUAACAUAGUGCGUGAUUCUAAGACGGACUACCCAGCUGCCUGUAAUGCCGUGGAAACGAUACUGGUCAACAAGACGCACCUUAGGACGCCGCUUUUCGAGGAUCUGUUUGACAUGCUGAAAUCUGAGGGAGUGAAGAUCUUCUCCGGCCCCCGCUUGACCUCAGCUCUAAAGUUUGGCCCCCCGGCUGCCCACUCUCUGCACACAGAGUACGGAGACCUGUCCUUGACUGUAGAACUGGUGGACGAUGUUAAGGACGCAAUACGCCACAUCAACAAAUACAGCAGCAGUCAUACAGACUCCAUAGUGACCAGCGACAAUAAUGCAGCAGAAGUUUUCCUGAAGGGUGUGGACAGUGCGUGCGUUUUCCACAACACUAGCACUAGAUUUGCUGAUGGUUACAGAUUUGGUCUGGGGGCGGAGGUGGGAAUAAGCACAUGCAGAAUCCAUGCUCGGGGCCCAGUUGGGGUGGAGGGACUUUUGACCACAAAAUGGCUGAUUAAUGGGGAUGGUCACAUUGUGGAAAACUUCACUAAAGGAAAAAUGGAGUUUAUACACAAAUCAUUCCCAGUAUCGCAGGAAAUUUCACAGAAGGAAGAGGAGGAGAAUGUGGAACUCGAGGAUUAAAUCUCAUUGAUUGGUCAUUCAUGUUAUAAGGAUAGUCCUGAUUGGACAUCUUCUUAUUGGUCAAUGGUUGAGAUAGUUCUGAUUUGUCAUCUUUCAGAAAGGUUUUGAUUGGUCAUCAAGAGAAGUUUCCUUAUUUAAUUUUAAACAAUAUUUUAUUAUGUAUGAAACAUAAAUGGAUUAGGCAGCAGGCUUGCAGCCUAUAUAAGCCUUCUCCAAAAGAAGUUUCCUUAUUUGUGUAAUAGCUGAAUAUUACAUAUAUUUUCUUUGAAAUAAACAACAGAAUUUUAUUUAUUUAGUAUGAUGAUGUAGACCAUUGUAUUAUAAAGAAUGUGUUCAAAUGUACAUAUCACAGACUCUCUGAAUGAUCCGAUAAAGAAUGUUGCCUGAUGAGGAAACUCUGACAUACCCUGCAAAAUUGUCAUGAAUAAAAGUGAUCGGAUAUGUGUAAUAAAGUUGUUGUCUAAUGUAUCAAAAAUUUAAAGCUAUAUAGUGUAAAUUCACAAUAGAAAAAAAAUUAAAACUCUUCUGAGACUUGAAUUUAGAUCUGUAGUUUGCCAGCUGAAUGCCUUAAUUCACCAAGUUAGUCAGACAGGUGAUGAAUUGUGAACAUUUGAAUUUGAUUAAAAUCAAAAACAUUUUUUUUAUAUUUUAAUUUUACAAGUGUUUGUUUAGGGUUUAAGUUAUCAUUAGAUCUCAGGAGAGUCAAUGGCACUUGAUAUUUUGCUUAUCUGCAGUCACAAGAUACUAUAUAGUUUUGUAUGGAUAUAUUGACAAUUUCUACUCGUGGGUAAUUCAGCUCUUCUGUGUUUUGUUUCUUAGAAAAGGAAAAUGGUCAGCUGCAGUAUUAAAUUAUCUAUUACUACUGUAUUCAUAGAAGUUUAGUGAAAUGGAAAUGGUAGGGUUUUUCGGCAAGUAAGGAAAAUUCUGCAGGAGUAAAAGUGCCAAAUUUCCAAUCAGCAUUAAUUUUUAAGCAUUAAAUUUUGAUUGUGUAAAUGAAAAUCUUCUAAAAAUUAAGCAUCAACGUUUCAAACUUCCUUUCUGAGAAAAAUCAGGGAUUUAUAAAUCCUGAUGUCAAAAUUAUGUAGGAAAUGCAGCAGGUCAUUGGGAGUGCAAGUAUCAAGAAAUAUACAUAUUGUCUCGUUAGAAAAAGCUAUUGAUAAUAUAUAUGUUUCAUAUAUAUUUAUUUUGAGCGAUAAUGUUUAGAAGUGAAUGGUUGUCUUGUUAUUCUGGCAAUUUUGUCUAGUAUUAUGUGUACACAUGUUGUUAAUCUGACUAAUUAUAGAUCAGUUGUAAUUAUCCAUUCACUGCUUUUUAUUUUUUGUUGUUAAUCUGACUUCAAUUUUAGAUCUGGUGUAAUUAUUCAUACACUGCUUUUUAUUCAUUUUUUUAAUUUUUUUGUCAAUCUGACUUUGAUAAUAGAUCUGUUAUAAUUAUUCAUUCACUGAUUUUUAAUCUUUGUUGUCAAAAUCUAACUUUAAUUUUAGAUCUGUUGUAAUCAUGCAUACACUGCUUUUUAUUUUUUGUUGUUGUCAAUAUGACUUAAAUUUUAGAUCUGUUGUAAUUAUUCAUACACUGCUUUUUUAUUUUGUGUUGUCAGUCUUGAUCUAAUUGUAAUUAUAGAUAUGUUGUAAUUAUUCAUACACUGCUUGUUAUGCAACGAGACCAAAUAUCACUACUUUCCAUGAUUCAUGAAAAUGAAUGAAUUUAAAAACUCAAUAGAAAAAAGGUUGAAAAUUCAUCCGAUGACUUUCAUAUAAAUAUUCUUAUUGAUGAGGUAUUAUAUAUUUGUUAUUCUGAUAUACCCACAAGGAGCAGAGUACAUGUACUUAAAUAAAUUCUUUGUACAGCU